CACACACACACACACACACACACACACACACACACUCUCACUAAUGGCCUUUCUCUCUAGUUAGGAGGAGCCUGGCUGUGUAUGCAUGUGGGUGUGUGUGUGUUGUGCAUGCUUUUGUGUGUGUAACACACUUUGGACUCUUUCCCCAUAUGCUGUAGAUGUUUUUCCCUCUGUCCUUUGCACUCUGGAAUACUGGCCCCUUUUUUCUCUUGCUGCUUACCAUCCAGAGGAAGGAAUUCCAGCACAGGCCUGUUGCUCAAGGGAAACUUUUUUUUUUUCCAUCCUGCCUCUUUUCACAAAAGUUGCUGAGUGGCCCAAAGCGGUAGGAGCAGGUGGCAGCAUUGAGUGUGUGUGUGUGUGUGUGUGUGUGUGUGUGAUAGUGUUUGCUGUGGUGUGAAAGUGGUACAGUAAUACAGAGACAUGCUGCGAAAAAGCACGCCAGGAUCCUCGUUCACUACCACGUCCACUGCGGACCAGAGGAGUGAGAGAGGAAUCAGGCGUCUUAGAUUGACCCUGCGAUCUGAGGACCUUCCCACUACACAGAAUGAGAAGACAAAGAAUUCUCAACGCUCAGAUGGGAAGAUGGUCAACGGCACCUGGAUGAAAAAGAAUGGGCUCAUGCAGAGAGAAAGACCUCCAGGACGAGAAUCACCUGUUGAGGAGAAGCACUCUUACAGUGUGAGCAAUGGUGAUGUUGCCGAGCGAGAGACGCUACCGGGACUCCGGGUGUACGGCGUGGUGCAUCAGGAAGUGAUGGCUCAUGAGCGGCCUGCCAGUGACUUCAGAGAUGAGAUGAGGUACAUCAGAGAGGUGCGGGAUUCCUUGGAGAAGGUCCGAGAACGGAUGUACGGUCAGUUUGGAGGGAUGCAACAAUCAAUGCAAAAACUCUCACAAGAUUUAAAGAUGGCGAGCUCUCAUAAUAGUUACCUGGAAGCAGAAGUUAGAACGAAGAAAGCGGCGCUGGACAGUUUCGAUCAGAUGAACAGCUCGCUCAUAUCAGCCAACAUCGACCUGCAGAAGUCGCUGCUGGAGAGCUGUCAGGGCCGUGUGGGGAACAGGGAGGAGAUGAGGGCGCUGCGCACUUCCUUCGAGAAGACUGAGGAGAAGCUGAGAGAGAGGGAGAGACAGCUGGCUGCUGCACAUGCUGAAAACCGCAUGCUGAAAGAACAGAUGGAGUCCUCUCAGGAGGAGAAUGUCAAGAUUUUGAAGGAUAUGAAUGCUAAACUCCAGCGGCAGUAUGACCAGCAGCUGCAGGAACAGCAGAGGAAACACAGACAGGAAAUUACAGCUCUGCAGGCCCAGCUGGAGGAGUACAUGAGGCGACUGGACGAGGCUGAGACGAACAUGAGGCUUGCUGAGGCUAAAAUAGCUGAGAGGGACCAGAGGAUCAGUGAGGUGGAGCGUCUGCUUGAUUGCAUGGCUCAUGAAAAGGCACACUUGACAGAAAAACUCUGUGAAUGUGAGAAGCGAUUGCGCAGCAUGGGUGAAGAUCAGCUGGACUCAGCUGGAGCUAAAAAGGCGGAGCAGCUACAGAAGGAGGCAUCCGAGCUGAAAGACAGAAUAAAGCACUUGAAUGACAUGGUGUUCUGCCAGCAAAGAAAGGUCAAGGGCAUGAUAGAGGAGGUGACUAAGCUGCGAGCUGAAGUGGCACGGAAGGACGCGUACAUUUCCGAGUUGCUGGACAGGCUGGCGAUUGUGGAGUGUGAGAAUAAUGAGUUAGAAGACAAGCUGAAGUAUUUUAUGUCUGUACAGAAAGCUACUGAAAACAAACCCCUCACAAAAGAGAUCGGCGUCGGCUGCAACAUUCUCGUUAGUCACCCCGAUCCUCAGCCGUACGAAGGUCCGGCUGGCCUAAGACAUCCGAGCCGGCUGAGCCAGAGUUUGCUCCGAUACACACCUUUGCAGUACAGCAGUAUGCUCUCGAUGCGCUCACAGGAAACUCUGGAAACCCAUGAACCUGCGACGAGUCCUUCAGAAAACGUAGCACCAGCUCCAAGGAACAAUCACGAAACACAAACAGCGCCGGCACCUACCUCCCCAAAUACAGAACUGUCCUCCUUUAGAAGUGAUCGUCCCAGAAUCUACACGCCAUUCAUGAGGCUGAUGGAGAUCUCAUCCAAACUAAACUCAGACUGAGCUUCGUGUAAUGAUUGAAAAUGGGAAAAGUAUUGAUGUUUUAUUCUUAUUCAUUUUGUAUUUAAAUAUAUAUAUAUAUAUAUAUAUAUAUAUAUAUAUAUAUAUAUAUAGUGCCUGUCCAAAGUCCAAUUAGGAGACACAUGCAUGUUCCUUUCAUUGUUCUUUACUAGUUGGAGAUUUCUUCCUGAUCUUGUGAUCCAGUUCAUCCCAAAGCAGUUCAAUAGGAUUUAGACACGGCGACUGAGCAGGUCAUUGCAUGAUAGAUAUCAAUCCAGACGUCUGUUUGCUCUCUUAAUAACGCUUACAGAGCUCAGACGUAUGCAGUCCAGAUGGCAGUGUGAGUUGAAGUAUGGAAUGGGAGUCAUGUUGGUUCAGGAUUUCUUUCACCUCCUGGAAUAAGUCUCCAAACCUCCCUGCUCUUGAACAACCCCAAACCAUUAGACUUCCACCUCCAGGUGUGAUUGUGGGGGUGAGGGAGUCUGAUCACAUCUUCUCACCUGUUCUCUAUCUUACAUGAGUUCUUCUGUUAGAGACAAAAACCGUCACGUUCAGACUCCUGAUUUAUAUUUGUCAUAUGCACAUUACAGAACAGUGAAGUUCUUCUGUGCAUAUCCCCUUUGAUGAUGAUGAAGUAAGAGCGCAGGUUCGACCAUGAUACAGCAUCCCCAGAGCACAAAGUGUUAAGGGCCUUCCUCAAGGGCCCCAAGAGCAGCAGCUUGGCAAUACCCGGAGCAUGAACCACCAGCCUUCUGAUCAGUAACCUAAAGCCUUAACCACUGCUAUUCAGAGGAACAUCCAUGUGUUUCAAUACAACAUCAAAGUUUCCAUACUUUUGACAGUCUUUACACUGUAUAUAUGUAGAUACUGAUGCACUUUUCACUUUGUUUACAAAACGACGGUGUAAGUAGUUGAAAAAAUUCUAUGAGCUUAAAAGUGUAUAUUGUUUAUUUAGCUCGUCUCGUCUCGUCUCGCAGAAACAGUUCAUUUCUCACCUCGCUCUCAUUUUGUGUAACGGUAUUUAAGUUGUUCACACUUGAUGUAAUAUUAAAGCAGUUCUUCUCCAGA